AGUAGAUUGUUAGAAGUUUACUGUAAACAGUAAACUGUACAGUAAACUGUUUACAACUAACUUCUGAAGUUUCACAGGUUUUUCCAGUUUUCCACUUUAGUCUCUACUUCUCGGUAGUGCACUGUUUUUGCAACUGGCAUUUCAACAAUCAGCAGUUCCUUUACCCUCCAGUUCACUGUUAAAGCCAAACCAACUCCCUGCCGAAGGGUAAAAGGAAUCGUGGGCAUUAUUUUGCACUCGAAUACGAACAUCCAAGAAUGUCCGGAAUGCGACCCGUGCAAUCAACUCCUGCUGCAAUAUCGAAAAACAUGAGCACGCAGGUCUUCAGCGAAUCAGCGAAAAAACAGAAAGGAAAGGCCUCAAAGCUUCUGCUGGAUGGCAUUGAUUUGUUGCAAGCAAAAUGGCCGGUGAUUCCUCGAGAAAACCAAGAAAAGAUCUUUUCGUACCUAAUAAACUUUUUUGAAACCGUAAAUUUUCGUCUUUUAACUGUCAAAGAGCAGAAGCAGCUGAAGAAGGCAGAAUCGGAAAAAACAAUGGGGGAAUCAGCUAAAGCACUUAAAGACCGUCAACACGCUGUAAGAGAGAUUAAAAAGGAUGUCGUUUUUGGAAUCAAUGAAAUAACGAAGGGCCUGGAGCGGAACGCACUGUCAGUGGUGAUUGUCGAUCGUUCGGCGAAGCCAUACUCGUUUAUUUCCCACAUUCCAGCGUUAGCAGCGUCCACUGAAAUCCCUGCUGCAGCUUUGGAAAAUCUUGCUAUUACAUUAGCGCCGAAAAUUGGAAUAACCUCCGUGAUCGCGUUCGCGUUUAAGAAAAAUUUGAAAUCCAGCAGUGCAGAGGACGUCGUGCAGAAAUUAUUGCCACUUAUACCGAAAAUAUUAGCACCUGGAAAUCAGAAAAAAGUCUCCCCCCUUUCAGACGAUGCGGAAAUGGAAGAAUUACAACCUUCCAUCAAAUCAGAAGUUAGCGCACCGGAAGUUCGGACAGCUCCUUUAGACAAAUCCUUGUAUUCACCACUACAAAUCAAGACAGUCGUGAAGAACGAAAAUCGGGUGACGGGAAAUUCUGGAAAAAAAAACAAGAAGGCUGGUCGCGGUGGGAUUCUAAUUUCGUCUGCAAAGCGCAAACAACCAGAUGCCUAGUUUCAAAUUUAAUCUUUUUUGAGUAUUAUAUCCUGCAUCAGACAAAUGCAUCUUGAAAGCGGUAAACUUUUUGGCACAAUAUACAGUUUGGCAAACAAAACAAAAUUCCGUUAAA